UCACGUUUUUACCGGGUUAGUGCGACCUUGCUGUGACCCGGAUGGCUUUGCUGCGCCGAAUCUUGCGUACGGAAACCCUGGCGGCAGGGGUGCGCCUCACCUCGUCGGGGAGUGGAGGCUCCCUAGCUGGUAGAUGCCUGGCCGACCGCCAGCUCUGGGAUGAACUUCACUCCCAGCCCCGUUCCAGCCACACCCCCACCUUCGACUGGUUCUUUGGAUACGAGGAAGUCCAAGGCCUCCUGGUCCCCCUGCUGCAAAAGCCAUGGGUUACCGAUCCGGUGCGGGUGCUGGACGUGGGCUGUGGGACCUCAAACCUGUGCACAGGUCUCUACACAAAGUACCCUCACCCUGUGGACAUCUUGGGCGUGGACUUCUCUGCUGUGGCCAUGGCACACAUGGACAACCUCCUGGCAGGUGGCCACGGGCACAAUGCUUUGUGCCCUGCACACCCUUCCUCCCGCCUCAGUUUCCUGCAGGCUGAUGCCCAGAACCUGGAAUCAGUGGCUCCCUCCGGGUCCUUCCAGCUAGUACUGGACAAGGGCACCUGGGAUGCUGUUGCCCGGGGUGGACUGCCUAGAGCUUGCAAGCUGCUGUCAGAAUGCUUAAGGGUUCUGAAUCCUCAAGGGACCCUGAUUCAGUUCUCAGACGAGGAUCCUGAUGUGCGCAUGCCCUGUUUGGAGCUAGGUUCUCAAGGCUGGACUGUUUCUAUGCAGGAACUUGGCCCUUUCCGGGGAAUCACUUACUUUGCUUACUUGAUAAAAGGGGUCCCAGCAGAUGAUACAGUAAAUUGGACUCAAGAGCAUUAGGUCCCUGAUAAUGCGUGUAUUUAGAGGCAGACCAAAGGAUUGCUCAGCUCUGCUUUAUGGUGGUACUGGGAAUUGAGCCUGGGACCCAUCUGCAAAAAGCCUGUAGAGGUAAAGCACCGGGGCUGGGGGGAUAAAAUCAUGGUUAUGCAAAAAACCUUAAUAUAAGAUGAGUAUAAAAUAGUAAACUUGUCCGGGUGGUGGCGUAUGUGCUUAAGUGCACAUGUUAAUAGUGCACAAGGACCUGGGUUUGAGCACCAGGUCCCCAGCUGCAUGGGGAGAACUUCACAAGCGGUGAAGCAAAGCUUCAGGUGUCUGUCUCCCUCUUAUCUCCCCUGCCCCUCUUGAUUUCUGACUAUCUCUAUCCAACAAAUAAAGAUAAUUUUU